AUGCCUUUCUAUCAGAUUUACCAUACAUAUGCUCUCACCCAGACGCAACGGGAAUCCAUUGCCUUGUCAAUCACCAAUCUUCACUGCAGCACGUUCAGCACACCGGCCUUUUUCGUUCAUGUCAAUUUUAUCAAACAAGAGCCAAAGUCCGAUGAUGGAACCUACUUCAUGGCGGGAAAGUCGCACACCAGCAACUCGAAUCGCAUUGUUGCACUAGUUCGAACCUCGGCCUCUCGCAAGAAGGAUGACUUUGAUGCACUGGCCGCCAAGAUAGAAGACGCCUGGAACGGGGCUGUCAAAGAGCCGGGCAAAGAGGCCGGGUUUGAUGAGGCAAAGCGGCUUUUAAUGGUUGUGUUUACGCCGAUGUUGGCAAUCAGAGAGGGCGGGAUGGCAAUUCCCGAUGCUGGCCAUGAGGAAGCGUGGCUCAAGCAGCAAUUGCCGUAUUUCAAGAAGAUGAGCGAAAAGCAUGGAGUUAAAGACUUCACCGACCUUUUGGAAGAGUUGAAACAGAUGGAAUCGCUCAAAGGUCUUCUGAAUUAG